UAUAAACAGAGCAGAUUCCCAUUACGUCCAUAGUGUAUCAAUUAUUGUUUGUAGCCAGUCGAUAUUUGCGAGACAGCGGACACAUCAAUAAAAUUUCUAAAAUGGCCCAGUUUGCAAAAGUGUGUCUUAUUUUGUGUGUGGGUUUGCAGUAUGUUGCUGGUGGUUCCAAUAUUGACUAUGUGUAUAAGUCUGAAAUGGACGGUUGGCUGCAUAUGAGCAUGGAACCCGCUACUUGGUCGGACGCGAACAAACGCUGUAACCAAGACGGUGGGGUUCUCGCUUCUCCGACAACCGGCGGCAUGGCCCAGGCAAUGGGGUCCAUGAUGGUCAAAAAUGGCGAGAAGUUGAUGUACAGCGUGUUUACUGGGAUAAACUCCAUUGACAAAGAAAAGUUUACUUCCCUUGACGGAGUGAAAGUCUCUUCUAUGCCGGUGCGAUGGGCCUCCGGUCAACCGGACGACGCAAGCUCUGACGAGAACUGCGUGGAGCUGACGCAUUCUGGCGAGCUUGCUGCCAUCAGUUGUCAAUCUGAGCUGCCCUACUUCUGCUACAAGCAGAGAAACGUUACUUGCGGCGCCAAAGCUGAAGGAUACGAGUGGGAGCCCCGAACUGGCAGCUGCUACAAGUUCCACCGGGUCGCCAAGCCCUGGAGCCUCGCCAAGGCAACUUGCAGCGACGAGGGAGGAAACCUGGCCAUCAUCAACAGCUACGCGGAAUCUUUAGUACUCAAGUAUAUUUACAAGAAAAACCCGAAAUCGUUGAUCGCUGGUGCGGAAGAUGGCGACUACGCUAUAAUUGGCUUUAAGAAAUCUGAGGAUGGCGAGUGGGUGACUAUAAACGGUGACACUCUCGCCGCAGCAGGAUUCCAGGGAUGGUCGGCAGGAGAGCCCAAUAACGCGCAUGGAUGGACCGAGAACUGUGGCUCCAUCUUUAGAGACGGUCGACUCAACGACUGCCCUUGCUACGGAUACUCAUACCCAUUCAUUUGCGAGAUUACUCUGUAAUUUAAGCUUAGAAAUAAAUUAAAAGUUGUAAAACAUUCUGUCUUGGGUGAGCUGGAUCGCUAGCCCGAUCUCAGCCAUCUGAGCUACCAAGGCCUCACCCAACAAAGAAAAAAAUUCUACAAUAUUGGUAAAGGCAACCUAGCGACAUCUACCGUAAGACUGUUACACUUCUUAAACGACUAUCGGAGUUCUAAGCCAUAUUAGAAAUUGGAAGUUCACCAAUAACGAUGCGCUAUCUCAUACUAAAUUAAUUUUGCAUCAAGCAGAAACGUCUGCUAACGAUACUAUUAAGUUUAAAAAAUAAAAUUGAAAUAAUAAAAAUGUCUCCAGUUUUCAUUCAUUUCUAAGCUUAAUAGCAUCGUUUGCAGACGGUUUUACUGGAUACAAAAUUAAUUUACUUUUAUUUUCCAUCUUCCAGUGUAUUAAGUAGUUCAUAAUAACAGUAAGUAUUAAAAUAUACUGUUUUUGCGACUGUCAAGCUCAAUCACGGUUUUUUUUUUCAAAAAACCUGAGAUAUUUGGUUUGAAGGAAUAGCAAUUAACUGUAUGUGAUGUUUUAAUUAUUAUUAUUCUGGGUUUCAUCGACAGAGUAAAAUUAUUGCAGUAAU